AUGGAUUCCAACCCUCUACCUCAGAGCUCCGAAGCUCUAAAGGAGUCGAUGCUGCGCUGGUCCGGCUUUCUAUCCAGGUGCGAAGCAAAAGGGAUCACCAUCGACGACUUCCGCGCCUUCGUCAAAAUCAUCUACGCGCGUUGCCCUCUCCCCCCCAUAGUCAUUGCCAACCUCUUCCUCAAGCCGCGUCCGCCAAACGAUAUCAGUCCGAACCCGCAAGUUCCCAUCUGGUUCAAGGUCUUGACGACGCUCGGCUACGUCGAUCCGCCAUCCAUCCUCCUCUCGCUGUACAAUUCAUCCUCCCUCCAUGUGCGCCUUCGCCGCCCGCAGGCGGAGGAGACGGCGGAACGGGGCCAUUCCAUGCACUGCUGGAAGAUGUCGUUCUGGAUCGAAGAAUUCCUCUUCUACCACGUCCUCAAGGUGCUCGCCGAGGACGCAUGCUUUCGGGACUCGAGAUCCGUCAUUGUACUUGCCAGGGUCAUGUGCAAGUGGAUGGAUCUGUUCGCCUCCGCAUCUGCCGCCUUCACCGCCGACGUUCUGGAGGAAACCAUAAACUCGGAGGUGCGGGAUGAGAUGUAUGGAACGCGCGAGGCGUUCGUGCUCAUGCUUUUGCGCUUCGUCGAGACCGACGCUGUCGUCAAGGUCCUCGGGAAGCCCGUUGGUAAAGGCGCGCGGAAAGAAUUCUUCCAGAGUUUGUCUCGUUUCAUUCAAACCCUGCCGCCGACCCAGGCGUUCGUCGACCGACUCGAAAUCUUCCGCAGCGAGACGCUUGCUCGGUUCAAUCCGGUCGACAAGAAAGCCAAGGCGGCCACGGACGCGGCGAUGGAUGAGCUGCUGGGGGCCACCGUCGGCCUCGAAAACUUUGUCGUUCCGGAAAUGCCCAUCUCCAACACGCGCGCUGCCCUUUACGUGUACCUAAAUGCGUCGCUUGUAGGGCGGCCACUCAUAGACGACAGUAUCCUUCUCUCAUUUCUACAUAACAAAUAUCAGGGCGAGACGCAAGCGAGCGCAAUCGACCUCGUGCUGGCCUCCUUUGACCUUCUCGCCAACGCUGUCUUUCGCAACGAAGGAAAAAAAGACUCGCUCCUUUUGAAAUCUUUCCUGGUCAAUAAGGUUCCUCUCCUGCUCUGCCAGCUCUGCUCCCCCGAGUUCUCCACCACCUCGUCCGAGUUUUGCAUUACCGAGGCCCUCAACCAGGUCGACACGAGCAUCUUCCCAACAGCGUCGCUCAUGUUUGACGAGUCGCGGAGUAACAACCCGUACACUGAAAGCGUCCGAGAAGAGUUUUGCACCGCCUGCGCCUUGCACGGCCUAGUUCCGCGGGAGCACGUGGAGCGAAUACUGGGCGAGACAUCAAUGUCCUACGAGCCGUCGUUGGAGAAGUAUUCCAAGGACAAGCUGCUGCGAGACUGUCUGUCGGAUCCGGAGAAGAUCCAGGGCCUUGUCAAGGGCCUCGACAAGAUGGACGGCAACGUCGGUGCCAUGUGCCAGGCUCUCGUUGAGCUGCUGCGUCAGUUGUGCGACAGCAAGGAGACCAUGUCGCUCAAGGUGCUGUGCAGCGAGCUUGCCCAGAAACCUCAGGCUCUCGACGUCUUGCUGCUGUUUGAAAAGCUGCCAAGCAUUCUCGAGCCGCUGUGCGCGCUCCUCGACAACUGGCGGUACGACGAUGACCAAGGGGAGUACCAACCGAUAUACGAAGAGUUUGGUGCCAUCUUGCUGCUGGUGCUCGCCUUCAGCUAUCGGUACGGAUUGACACCGGCGGAUAUUGGCAUCACAUCUCCAGAGUCCUGUGUGGCCCGUAUCUUGACACGAGCCCACAUCAGUCGUCAAGCGGACGAGUUGACCGAGCAGGAAAAGGCACAUAUUGGCGGAUGGGUUCAUGGCCUCUUUGACAGCGAGGCAGGUGGUCUCGGGGAUGAUUUGAUGUCGUCUUGUCCGCCGCAAGAGUUCUACCUGCUGGUUGCGUCCGUCUUCCAGAACAUUGUGGUUGCAUACGCGCACGGCCACCUCAGCGAUGAGAGCUUGAAGAGCGGUAUAGAAUACGUGGUCGACACGUUCCUGCUGCCAUCGCUGGUCCCGGCAAUUCAGUUUCUCUCCGACUACCUAUGGGUGGAGCAAAAGGAGCAAAAGUCCGUCAUCAAGGUACUGCAGCUCAUCCUUCUACCCAGCGCCAUCUCCGGAGAGGCGAGCGCGAUGCUGUCCUCGGUCAGGAUUAUGAUAGCCAAGCCGCUGGAGAACUCGCUCCGUUCGUACCAGAAGCAGGACCCGAAGAACCAGGACAUAGAACCGCUGCUCCGAGCUCUGAAGGACAGCCUACCGCUCUCGAGGCGUAGCGGGAGCGCGGAUCACAACGAGCUGGAGCUGUGGGCUGGGAGCUCGAGCAGCGGCCUCGCCGGGGCAGUCAAGCACACGAUUCAGGGGCUCGUGCAAUGGAGCAUACACCACGGCGUCAGCACGAUGCCGACGUCGUACACGCACAGGCAGCUUGUCGUAGCUUGUCGCAUCGUCGGCACGAAGCGGCUGCUCCGGAACAUGCUGGAAGAGCUUCGGCACCAGUCGGAAGCCGGCAGCGGCCACAUCGUCUACGACGUCGUGGCAGCGUUGAUAUGCGCCCCGGACGUGUCGAACGAGACGCCGGCGGUGACCAGUCUCCUGGAUGUGUCGGGAAAUGUGGCCGUUCCGCAGCAGCGACGGCUGAGCCUUCGAGAGGUGCUGAAGGCCGAGGCCUACGAUUGCCGAAAGCUGCAGAAGAAGGAUGCCGUACUCGCCGAGAUGGUCGUUCGCCUGCACAGGAGAGUCGAGGCUCUAAUGGUGGUGCCCCAACCUCGGGCCAUCCUUCAGACGCAGGACAUGUCGCUCGACCUGAACGGUGGAAGCACGAGCCUCGGAGACGCCAUGGCCGCCGCCGCCGUUCAGGCCGACGCCAUGGCGGUCGACGGUGUCAGCUUAGACAUGGGCCUCGGCGGCGGCACCGGCGGCGGUCUCGACCCGACGGCUGACGGAGAUUUGUUCGGCAGCCUUGAUGCCAGCAUGGACAUGUUCGGCGGCUGGGACGGCGUGGAUUUGGGGAGUACCUAG